GUGUGUGUGUUUUUUUUUUUUAAAAAGGCUCUCAGGAAAAGCAGACUGGGCCAAUGCUAAUGUUUUGCUCCCAGCAGCUUUGGGGCCAUCUGAUUUUUCCAUGCAGUGCAACCCCCUCGGCUGCUUCUGAGCAGGUUCCGGCAACUUCUUUUUGGAUUCCUGUCUCAGCAUGUGCUCUAGGCCUGGGCAAACAGUGGACUAGGAAGUCUGAAAGGUGAGUGAAGGCUGGGAGCUGCAACCAGUAUGAAAUUAUUAAAUAAGAUAGUUCAGAGCUUUGUCUACUCUACAAAGAUCUCUGGGAGAACUGCAACUUAGUGCUUAUGCCACUGGAGGGAAACCACAGCACAGGAGAGCGUGCAAGUGUUCAGUGGUGACCAGAGCUAUGAAACUCGGCUGCUUUCUUGUGUCAUGGGAAUUGCAUUGCACCAGCUUCUGAAGUCUGGUUUUGUGCCGCUGCCUUCUUGCAAGCAGGACAGGUGAAUGUAACGCGCAUAAUGGUGAUGUUAGAGCAGCCCUCCCUCACAAGCUUGUCCUCGUCUGCAGUCUAUCUGCUCACUACUUAAUGUUUUAACGACAGAAUUUAACAGUUCUGUCAGUUUGAAUCUUCCAUGACCCCAGUGUGGUCCUCCUACACGUGUUUAGUGCCGUUUCCUCCCCCCAAGAUCCCUGCUUCCCCUGACUCCUUGUAGAGCAGGGUCUCCAGGAACCAGCUGUCAGGAUGUGCUGCGAGAGGCAGAGAGCAGUCCUUUGUCAUCUUGAAACAAGUUGAAAUUACGAGAAGAGACAGAGCUAGUACCUUAUUUUAUGAUGUCCAGAAAGUGAAAACAGGACUGGUUAGUAAAAUAUCCAUGUUAAUAUAUGGUGAGAGGAACUGAUGCAAACUGACUGUUCGUGGAAAGGAAAACCUAUGCUGGGCACUCCUUUCUGGUUUUGGGAAGCAAGUGACACAAGAGUUACACAUCCUGAAGGAAGUAGAUAUUUAUCUCUUUAUUACCCCUGCCUUGCAGUGCUAUGACUAUUUAGCUGUCCUCAAUUUUAGUGGUGUGUCACUGAAACCCCCUGCCUCACACACACUUUUUCCUAAAUAAAGCUGAAAGAAUUCAGAACAGAAACAAAACAACCAGCUCAUCAGGAAAGAGAUUAAUUGUAUUUUUGCUUUGGUAAGUGGCUACUUAGAGAGAGUGAGGCAUUUCCUUGCUUUUCAGGCUUUUCUCUGAAUAUUAGCAAGAAACCCAAUUUUGCAAGAGUAGUUACAAAAACCAAUGUUUCCGUGUGUCCUGAAGCUCUCAAGCGUGUGAAACGACACACCGAUGAAGCCAAAUCCAUGAGAAUAUGAUGCUGUAUUCCUUUUCGAAAAUACCUCCUCAGGUCAGGAAGGCAGUGGUGAGCAGAGCUGAGCUUUCCCCUGAUCAGGCAGUGAUCCCACAGAGCCCUUCUCAGAGGUUCCUUGGUCAAGCAAAAGAAGGGACAGAGAACGAGCAACUGGAGGUCCUUGUUUCACCAAACUCUCGUCCCCCUGGCAGGAAGAGAUUGCCUGGAGAAGCCGUUUCUGCCUCCUGGACAUGGUAUCCCCCUCUCUAAGAAAAUCAACCUGACACAUUUUUGCCAUUAUUAAAUUCCAAACAGAAAGAAUUGGUAGUGCUGCCACAUGGUACGGUGAGAAGCGGCUUACUUUCUGUUUGUGGGCGUGCUGCAUCCAUCACACGGCACACGGGGACUCCCGUAGCAUGCCAUCCCAGACCUCCCACCUCCAGCGACUCACUCACAUCCGAAUAACAGCUGUGAACAGGUUAUCACGCUGCUUCGUCACCAGCGGCAUGGCACAGGGUGUUAACGUGGCGUUUUCUAAUCUGGGCAGAAUGCUGAGGGAGGCAGCAUGAGAAACAAAGCUGUUCAAACUAUUUUGAGUAACCCUUCUACAAGUGCUGCGGUGUGACUGUUCAUCAUUUCAACCAACUCAUAAGUUUGCAAAAGUCCAAGUGAUCUGAUUUCUGUUGCAGUUUCUUGGAAAAGUCCAGAUGUGUCAGCAAGAGGGCAGAUGGCAAGCCAAGGAACCACGCGAAAUCCAUGACAGGAAAAUUGAGCUCAGCUUUCUGGCCACCAGAAAAGGAAACGCGAGGGAAAUGCUGCUGCGCUUUGAAAUACCAGGCUGUUCUCAGAUGGAGGUCUCGCUUCUCCUACUGGCUAACCUGUAACGUGGGACUCCGUGCUUGAUCCAAACUAGUGAAAUCUGCAAUUCAUUGGUACACGUAAUUGCUGAGAUGAUACACACUAAUGAAGCAAAGCCCCCAUAGCCCUUGGCUCGGAGAUUGUGUCAAAUGGCAUUAGAAAUCACUGGGAUUCCUUUGGGGCACUACACGUGCCUGAGAUAAACCCGCAGUAAAAUUAAACCCAGCUGUAGCAUGUCCCAUGACAGGGACAUCGCUGUUCUGGGCAGACUGCACACGAGCACAGCCCACGGCACGUGGUGCUCUCACUGAACGGCGCUUCCUGACCCAAAUUUUGAGCCCUCUGACUCUCGCCUGAGUUAGGCUAGAAGCUUGGCCAUGGGUUUUUCUGCAGCCAGGCUGGGUAGAAGCUGAUCCUGCGGAAAGGAGCUUUAGAUUCCUUCUGAAUGUUGGAGUUUGCUUCUCUUUCCAGGCGGGCGGCGGGGCCGGUGCCGCAGAGCCGAGGAACCCCCGGGGAGCCGCUGACCCCCGCGCCCACCGCUGGAGACCCCCCUCCCCCCCCCCUCCGACGGCCCCGUUUCUCGUCGCGGUGCUCGGAAGCCCCCGGUGCCAUGCUGGCCCCCCACCCGCCGAGGCUGAGGCGGCCGGUCCGGUGGGUGUUUGCCCCUCUCCUCCUUCUGCUGGCUGAGCUGGGCUCCGGCUUGCAACCCACCUACCAGUGGAGGGAUGCUGAGACGAACGAGAAGCUCACCUGCCAGCAGUGCCCGCCGGGGACCUUCGUGGCACAGCACUGCGCCAGGGACAGGCAGACGGUGUGCGAGCCCUGCCCGGAGCUGCACUACACGCAGUACUGGAACUACCUGGAGAAGUGCCGGUACUGCAACGUCAUCUGCGAGGAGAAGCAGGUGGAGGUGCAGCAGUGCAAUGCCACCCACAACAGAGUGUGCCAGUGCCAGGAGGGCUACUAUUCGGAGAUGGAGUUCUGCAUCAGGCACUCCGAGUGCCCUCCGGGCUCCGGCGUCGUGAAGGCGGGUACCCCCUUCGAGGACACCCAGUGCCGCAGGUGCCCCCACGGCUUCUUCUCCUCCAGCUCCAGCACCGAGCUGUGCCAGCCGCACCAGGACUGCGCGCAGCAGGGGAAGGUGACCAACGUGCAGGGAAACGAGUACCACGACACCCUCUGCACCUCCUGCAGGGUGCACGGGAGGAGCAACAGCACCCAGGGGCCAGCUCCAGGAGACGAGGACUGUGAGCAAGCCAUGAUCGACUUCGUGGCGUACCAGAACAUUUCCCCGAAAAAGCUGAAGCGCCUGCAGCACAUCCUGGAGGGCUCGCUUAGGAAGCAGGUGUCAGAGAAAAAGGCGCUCAUCCAGGAGAAGUUCAGGGCCUUUCUCACCCACCUGAAGGAGGGGAACCCCGCAGUCACCAAGGAGCUGCUCGAGGCGCUGCGGGCCACCAAGCUGCAUGCGAUAGAAAGGGAGGUGCGGAAGCGCUUUCUCCCUCCUAGGGAGAACAUGGACUGAACUCUGAGGGUGGUUUUUUAAAAAUUUCUUCCUUUUUGUCGUUGUUUUUUACUGUGGCUUCAUUAAUUUAUUACUCUUUCAAAAAACUAACUUGAAAUGCAGCACAGAGCUGAGUGAGGGGCGAGCACAGCGCGGCCCCGCAGCCCUGCGAGGUGCCCCGGGGGGUCCCAGCUCAUCCGAAGACAAACGCCACCAGGGUCAUGUUUCUGGAGGGAGAAGCCUGGUCCUCUCUUUUAGGCUACUCUCUGGCUUAGCUUUAAAGUGUGUGGUUUUGGUUUUGUGAUGUAAUUAUUUAACAGUAUUUCCCACAGAGGACUCGCUUUCGUCACGCUCUGAGAAAGCAGUUGGCUGCUUGAGGCGCAGGGGGUGGAAGAGACUCCUGAAGCCUGUGGUACAGCUGGCUUUGAAUUUAUUUCUGAACUACCUGGUUUUAUACUGUAUGUGAGAUGUUUUCUAAAGAAACAAACCAAAGAAGUUAUUUUAUUACAUGA